AUGUCAGAUGCCGACACCUGUACGGCGGUUGGCCCCGGCUGCCCUGUAGAAGAGACUCUAUAUGGUUACUACCCCAAUCUCGGAUGGAAUGCUUUCUUCGUUGGCUUCUUCGGUCUCUGCUGCAUCAUCAACCUGGCACUGGGCAUUCGAUACAGGACAUGGACAUACAUGAUUGCACUAUGCCUAGGCUGCGCUGCGGAAGCCGCAGGCUACUACGGCCGUGUGAUGAUGAAUCACAACCCCUACGACUCCAUCGGCUUCCAGAUCCAAAUCUGCCUGCUCAUCAUCUCUCCCGCCUUCAUCUCCGCUGGCAUCUACCUCACCCUCAAGCACUUCGCCCUUACAUUCGGAGAAUCCUGGUCGCGCCUUCGCCCCGCUUGGUACACUUAUAUCUUCAUCUCAGGUGAUAUCAUAUCCCUUGUAUUGCAGGGCGCAGGUGGCGGUCUAGCCGCCACGGCGGACAAUGGCUCAAGCACCCAGGAUCUCGGUACAAACCUCAUGAUUGCUGGUGUCGUCUUCCAGGUUGUCAUCCUGUCUAUCUUCGGGUACCUUCUCACCGAGUACUCGCUCAGGACUUACCGUCGCCGCGGUCAGCUCUCCGUGGCGGCGACCGAAAUCCUGCGCAGCUUGAAGUUCCGCUUGUUCGCAGGAGGAGUGAUGGUCGCUUACCUCGCGAUCUACACUCGAUGCGUGUACCGUAUCCCAGAGCUUACAGGAGGCUGGGGUAGCGAGCUUAUGAGGAAUGAGCCUGAGUUCAUUGCGCUCGAGGGUGUGAUGAUUACGCUUGCUGUCCUAAUGCUGACACUGUUCCAUCCGGGCAUCUGCUUCCCUGUCCUUGGUGCUAAGCAAGCUGAGAAGUAUGCGGCGUUGAACCGUAAAGAUCUUGAUGCUGAGAGCUCGGUGGAGAUGCUCCCGCAGGGGACGGCUUACGAGCCGUAUGCUCACCGCAGCGUUUAG